AUGAAUCUACCCGUUGAUGCUCGCAUAACUGAGUUCAGUCAUCUCGCCUCAUACAACUGGAUCGAGCGUCCGACGCCGACCAUUGCCGUUCCGGGCAGUCCCGCCGAAUGGUCACCGCCUACCGGUCCUACCCGACUGAAAAAGGACACGGGCUACUUCUAUACGGCGCAGAACCUGGCCCGCCGUCCCGAAAGCCCGCUUGAGCCUUUGUUUUGCGCCAUGCUCCUCACCGAUCCCUCGGUUGACCUCCGCUCAAUUGAUGUCGUAACUGAUCGAAACAACAUUCGAAAGCUGCUGUCGUUUGUCGAACCCAGGAACGGGAAGAACGGGGCUGAAGAUUUCGUGAUCAACAUUGAGAUUGUUGGCAAGACGGCUCUUUUCUCCCGCGAAGAGAAGGAGGCCAGGCGAUACAUCGCACCGAACGAGUUCCGGGGCCACGGCCACGAGUUUGAGGAGGCAUACACCACGAGCAAGGUACAGGGCAGUACUGGACAUUACAGGAUCGCUUCAUACUUGUUUGGCGAUCUCAAAUUUCUCGUCAGAUACGAGGUGGAUGGUUAUGUUUCCCCUGUUGGAGGGGCAGAUACAAGUAGCAUCCUUGCUCACAAGCUAUCCUCCUUGCAAUUUUCAAAGGCACCGCCGGAGCCAUUAUCAGCAUCGUAUGAACAGCCAGGGUCGAAACUGAGGGUGGUAGUGGAGGGAAAAACGAUCCUAUCAGAACAAUGCUUAGAGAUUAAGACCCGAGUCGCCCACAAACCCCUACAUAUUCAAGAUAUCAUGCCACAACUUUGGGCAUCGCAAACAACGAAGCUUGUGCGAGCUUACCACACCGGUGGCCUCUUUCAGUCCCCAAUCGUUGAGGAUGUAACUGACGAGAUAAAGAAAUGGGAGAAAAAUAACGAAAGCACUUUGAAGAAACUAAUGGCAGUGGUUUCCAAGAUCCUUGAUGUUGCCAAACGAUCUGGUGGUCCUGUUCAGGUCAGAUACAGCGCAGCAGAGGGCCAACUGUGUUUGUACAACAAUGACUCUAUGAACAUGCUGCCGGACGAUAUUUACGUCAAAUGGAGCUCGACGAUAGAGACAAAAAGCUUGUCAGCUCUCAAGACUCCGGACAUGACUUCUGAUGUCAAAGACACCCUGCCGGUUAUCGUGGGAGGGAAGCAGUAUCUCGUUGAUCUAAACAAAUUCCCCUUUUUCCAAACUCUAAUGGCAUCGCGAUCACCAGAGUCAAAGGAGGCAGUUUUGAUCCACAAAGAUAUUCCCUUUUUCGGGGCGAUCAAUUACAGUGUUCAACAUGGAUUACGGAACCUCUUCAGGCGAACGCCAAAUCGCAUUCAGGACUACCAUACCCUGUGCGAGACUCUUGAUAGCCUUGGGAUUGACGUUUGCCAGGGACUUAAUCUCCAAAACAUCAUCAAGCUGCUGAAGGUGGAAUCGGACGAUUAUGACCCAGAGGAACGAAGAGUGAUCCGGAGGAAUAAAACGGCCGCCCGUGACGCUGCAUUCCGUUUUGUAUACCUGUUGUUCAAAGGCGGAUCCACGUCGCAGUUUCCGUCAUCUUCAUUACCGGCACUAUCAACACAGGACCGAGCCAUCGCUUACAAUGCGGUCAGCUACGUCGUGUCGCAUCGCAGGAUCUUCGGCUACAAGACACGCAGCAUGGUCCGAGAAGCCUUUGAAGCUGCCUCCUCCUUGACGUACAAGCAGCGCUUGGCACUGGAUAAGUGGCCAAUCACAGAGCCCAGCCAUAGUGGAUGGGAGGAUGAUGAGACAACCAAUGACGAAGGCGAGUGUUAUGCUGAUUUGUAUUGGGGUUCAGAGUCGUCGUAA